GUGCUAAAAGUAUGCGGCCAAACGGUGGACUCAGGAAAGACGUACGUCGGAAACCAGAGCCUGUUCGCGAACGCUCUCUGGGAUCUGAGCGUGUGUUUCCGACAUCAGCCUGACACCAUGUCGCGACUCAACAAACUCAUUCAGGCCCUCCAAGAGAUGAACAAAUUCCACACCAUGCUGCUCGACCAGGCCUCCAGAACUAUACUCAAGAAUCUCACUGUCUUCGUCAAAGAAAACAUAAAGGGUGUGAAAGAAUCGCGUCACCACUUCGACAAGAUCUCGGCCGAGUUUGACCUGGCAUUGGGUCGCAAUGCGCAAGCGCAGAAGACUCGCACCUCGGAAAUAGAGGAAAGCCAGCAUUUACUGGCCGCCACUAGGAAGUGUUUCCGCCACACGGCACUCGAACACGCCCAGUGUGUCACCCUCCUGCAGGCCCGCAAAAAGCAUGAGAUACUAGGCACGGUCACUACUGUCCAUAUGCACGCCUGUAACACUUACUUCCAUCAAGGUUACGAUCUUUGUGAAAGUCUACAGCCUUUUUUCCGCCAGUUGGAUGAUGAGGUAACAGACAUGCGGCAGGACUGUUUGAAACUGGAGAAAUCUCUCAACAACCGUCACCUCUGGUCACAGACGACCGAUCUUCUCCCUAUGGGGGGUAAGGGGGGACCCAAGGGUGCGCCCCGCCUACAGGGCUAUCUGUACAAACGAUCGUCAAACGCCUUCAAAACCUGGAAUAGACGCUGGUUUAGUUUAAACGACACUCAGCUGGUGUAUCGCAAGCGGACUGAUGUGGGAAGAAAGCGUGACAGUAAUGAGGAAGACCUGAGAAUUUGCACCGUGAAGCCCGCCCAUGACGCCGAGAGGCGAUUCUGCUUUGAAGUACUAUCGCCCACCAAAAGCCAUAUGUUACAAGCCGACUCGGAAGAGAUCUCAGCAUGGGUGACCGCUCUACAGCGAGGCAUAGGAGCUGCCAUACAGCAAACGCCUUGUACGGCUGAAGAAAGGAGGAGGAAGAAGAAGAGGAAGAGUGUGGAGGAGGAGAAGGAGGUGUGGAGGAGGAGAUCGGAAGGAGAGUGUAGGAGGAGAAGUGACGAGAUGGAUAAUAGGAAUACUACAGGAUCUAACCAAGAUGGAGAUAGGAAGGUUGCUAAGAGGCCAUUGGCUCUAUUACUGAAAAUCCCAGGAAAUAAUAGCUGUUGUGAUUGUGGGGCGAGCGAUCCAAAGUGGGCCAGCAUCAAUCUGGGAAUCACACUCUGCAUAAAAUGUUCGGCCAUCCACCGCAGUCUAGGUGUGCACUAUAGCAAGGUGAGGUCGUUGACCUUGGACAAAUGGGAACCGGAAGUUUUGAAAGUAAUGGCGGAACUCGGCAAUCAGAUUGUCAACAAUAUCUAUGAGGCCAACGUUGAGACAACAACCUUAACCAGGAUCAACGCUGAGUCUAGUCACGAGCAACGCCUGGCCUACAUCACGGCCAAAUGGAAGGAGCGGCGCUUCGUGAUGAACUCGAAUUCACUGACAGUGGUGGGGGUGGGGGGAGAGAGAGAGAGGGUGGCCAGACCUGUGCGCAAGUGGAGUGUGCGCCGAUUCAGGAGAGGCAGGACUCAGAGCCGGACCAGGAGGCCCGGAGAAGAGCUAUCACUUACUGAAAAGAAAGACACGGAAAAAACUCCAAACAAACUUUCUCCUACAACAGCCAGUGAAGUGAAUCGAAGCAGAGAAGAAGGAGAAGGAAAGGAGAGAGGAAAAGGAGAAGAAGGUGCUAAGAAGAACGAAGGAGGAGGAGGAGAAGGAGAAGAGGAGGAGACCAGUCUGCUGUUGAUCGGCGAUAAUUUGACUCAGGAGAGAAGCGGAAGUUUACUGCAGUUGAGCAGUGAAGAUGAUUCGACUGGCGGGGAAGAGGAAGAUGAUGUUGGUUUCGAAGACAUCUCCCGUCUAGUGCCCGAGCGUCUACUCUACAAGGCAUCCACAGCCCACAAUGUGCCAGUCAUGUGUCAGGCCAUAGCCAUGGCGGCCGACAAACUGUGGACCAACCCAGACGACAGGCAUCGUCAUAUCUGCAUCAGGCCAUCACUAGUGGAUCCGUAAUGGCUUGUGAAUAUCUUCUACUAAAUGGAGUCAAAAUAGAUGUUCAAGAUAAUGAUGGAAAGACUCCUCUGCAUUUAGCUACUGAAUUAGGUAA